AUGUAACCAUGAACUCUUAUAAUAUUUGUAACUUAAAUUAAACUAUAGUAUUUUCAACUCCGUGACAUUAUUGCAUAACAGUGUAUAAAUAACAACACCAAUCUUCAUCUCAAUUAGUAUCAAGAAUCGAUCAAAAGAGAAAGUAAUUAAUAAAACAAUAUGACUGCUUUGAAGAUGACUAUCUCCGGUUUCGUCUUUCUUCAAAUAUUAUUGUUCUUGCUCUCCUCCUUUGCUCCACCAACCAAUGCGCAAGGACUGAAAGUGGGGUUCUACGACAAAAAAUGCCCGAAAGCCGAGCUUAUUGUCAAGAAGUCUGUGCUCGAUGCCAUGAAGAACGAUCCGACACUUGGAGCUCCUUUGCUGAGAAUGUUCUUCCACGAUUGCUUCGUUCGUGGAUGUGAAGGGUCGGUCUUGCUAGAGCUAAAGAACAAGAAAGACGAGAAGAACGCAAUACCUAAUCUUAGCCUUCGAGGGUUUGAGAUCAUAGACAAUGCCAAGGCAGCUCUAGAAAAGGAGUGUCCAGGCGUUGUCUCUUGCUCUGAUGUAUUGGCUCUUGUCGCUAGAGACGCAGUGGUAGCGCUCAAUGGACCGUCGUGGGGAGUUGAAACGGGAAGAAGGGACGGUCGAGUUACAAAUAUCAAUGAGGCCCGAUCGAACUUGCCAUCACCAUUUGAUAAUAUCACUAGCCUUGUCACCCAAUUUAAGGCCAAAGGCCUCGACAAGAAAGACCUGGUUGUGCUUUCAGGUGGACACACGGUCGGGAACGGGCAUUGUCCUCUAAUCACAAACCGGCUCUACAAUUUCACCGGAAAAGGAGACAGCGACCCGAACUUGGACACGGAAUACGCAGCCGCCCUCAGAAAAAAAUGCAAGCCAACCGAUACCACGACGGCUCUAGAAAUGGAUCCAGGGAGCUUCAAAACAUUCGAUGAAAGCUACUUCAAGCUUGUGUCUCAAAGAAGAGGGUUAUUCCAAUCUGAUGCAGCUCUUUUGGACAGCCAAGAAACUAAGUCUUAUGUUCUUAAGCAAAAGAACAGUUAUGGAUCUUCUUUCUUUAAGGACUUUGGUGUCUCUAUGGUCAAGAUGGGUCGGAUUGGGGUUUUAACGGGUCAGCUCGGGGAAGUUCGUAAGAAGUGCAGAAUGGUUAACUAAGAGAGAGAAGAGAUAUUCUCGUGAGAUUGUGUGAUUGAUAAUUGUAUUGUAACUAUUUCUGUUUUUCCUCUGAAGAAAUUAUGUGUGAAAAUAAAUGUAUUGUUCAGUGGAAUAUAAAGUUGUUAAUCCAAUCAUGUCAAGUUAUUUUUUCACAAUAUUUUAUAUAGAGUAGCAUUUUAU